AUGGGACCCAAGAAGAAGAAGGGAGAUAAAAAGGGGAAAGCAGGGGAAGCCGCAGAAGAUGGAGCACCGCUAUCGGACGCCGACAAGGCCAACAUGUUCCAGGCGGCCUUACAGUCGUUGCAGAUACAACUCGGGACCCUCGACAUCACGCGGGACAUGACACGCCAGUAUAAGGGAAUGCAGGAGGAGCUUCUGAACCGCAUCAACCAGCUAGAAGGCACCAUACAGGCCCUACAGGACGAGUUAGAGCGAUCAAGGCUCGAGCUUGAGCAAGCCGUGAAGGAGAAGGACUCUAUCAUAGCCGCCAAGGAUAAGGAAAUCUCCCAGAUGAGGGUGAAAAUGGAAGAUAUGGCACAAGAGUUCGGCGACAUGCUCAAGGAAACCCUUGACCGGAUGCGCGAGAGAAUCGAGGUUAACAGCACUGGAUUCGAUGCGGAUGAUAGCAUCCCGCUUCAGCGCCGAUUGGAAGAAGUCUCCCUAGCCACCCUUUCCGAAGCACCGCACAAAUGA